AUGUCAGGUUUCCCCGCACAGCAACCGGCCCAAGCUCGAAAUGCGACACUGGCUUCAUCACGCUUGCCCAACGGAAAAAUCAGUAGCGGAGCGAAUUGGAACUUCAACCUGCCCGUGGGUGGAACACCGGGGAUACAGGGUAACCAACAACGUAACAUCGGGGCCAUGGGGACUUUCGCGCAGAGCCUCACUGGAUCGCAACCUGCUACGCCGCUGGAUUUGUCCGACUUCCCUUCAUUAUCCGGAGCUCCUUCGCAAUCGCAAGCGCAAAAUCAGGCGCAUCUAGUGUGGGCAAAUGCUAGCCAGCGUGGCGUGCAACAGACCCCCGUUCAAAGACAGCAACUUCCCACCUCGCAAGCCCCUUCGCGAGGGCCACAAACGCAAACUCAACUUCCGCAACAGCAAAACCAACCAUCGCACGAUGACGUAUUCCCGUCCGGAUCUCAGUUUGCCAAUCGGUUAGACGACUACAGGAACGGUGGCCAGGGAAUCAGUGGGCAAUUGGGUGGUGGCGCGCAACCGCAGACUGGGAACAUCGAGGAAUUCCCUCCUCUUGGUCGUAACAUGCCUACCGAGAUUGGUCAAGAUCGAAGGAGUUCAUUGAUGCAAGGCGCCGGCUUCGGGGCGUUCAGUACCAACUUGUCGUUCACGGGCGUCAACCAAAGUCAACCGCAAAGUCGAAAUAUGAUGGCCACUUCGGUAAGCGGGCAAGAACGGAUAGCGUCACCGGGGUUAGCGAGCUCGUCAGGGAUUGCAUCGUCACGAUCGCCAGUCAAUCAAACAACCAACGGUGUUCCGGGGCCAGAAAAAGAGGACCCAAUAAAUGCGGCGGUGUCGAGCCAGCAACAGUCGAUACCAGCGGCCCCAGGUUUGACUCGACCGUCGCAGGAUGCCAACGGAGCCGAGCAACAGCCACUUGCGGAGAUGAGUGAGCUGGAUAGGUUUGGACUAGCGGGCCUUCUUCGGAUGAUCCAUAGUGAUAGUGCCGAUGUCGCCAGCCUUGCAAUCGGACAAGAUCUAAUGACAUUGGGGUUGGAUCUAAACCAGCCAGAACCUCUACACUCAACGUUUGUCUCUCCUUUUGUUGCUUCACUACCGGGUGUACCGCUAGAGCAAAAUUUCGCUCUUCCAAGCUGCUACAGUGUGGCAAACGUUCAACCCCUGCAGACAAGGCUCCCCGGAUUCGCCGACGAGACUCUCUUUUACGUCUUUUACAGCAUGCCUCGAGAUGUUAUACAAGAGGUUGCUGCAGAAGAGCUCAUGAAGCGAAAAUGGCGGUAUCACAAGAUCGAGCGCUGCUGGUUAACGCGGGACGAGGGGUACCCUGGCCCCGUUGAUGUAGAACGGGGAAUUAGCGAGCGCGGAGUCUACGUAAUAUGGGACCCCGCAACGUGGAAGAAAGUCAGGCGCGAGUUUCUUCUUCGCUACGAGGACCUGGACAACCGAAUGGAACUCAACCGGACACUAUCGCGAGUGGCGUUCCCGCAACAUGGAUCAUAA